UCUUUUAAGAACAGUGUUAUAGUUAGCCAUAGAGCUUAACACCGGAGGGAGUUAUUCGCGGACUUGAAAGACUUCUGGAAAUUGUGGAAGUGACUGGGGUAGAUAAAGCUACUUGUUGUUAGUUUGUGGCUUUCUCCUGUCAUUUAGUGUGUGUGAGUGUGUGGAAGAAAACUAAAACGACCUGGUUACCAGGAGGUUCCUGUCUUCCUGAAAACAAAGAUGUGGGAUGUUCAGGUGGUUUGCUUCCUGUUUCUCAUCACUUUUGUUGCAUCUCAAGAAACAACUGAGGCCCCUGUAGUUGAAUCAACAUCACCAGCUCCAGCUAAUAAUGCAACAUACACUAUUGUUGCUCCAGCAAAGCUCAGACCCAAUCUUGAGUAUCAUGUCAGUGUAUCAGUUCAUGAUGUCAAAUCUCCAGUGGAAGUGACAGUAGCUGUGGCUGGACCAGCUGAUAAUGGAAACUUCAAUACAGUGAACAGCGUUGUCACUUUAAAUUCACGUGAAACACAGAUUUUAAAUUUUCAGAUUGGGGAAUGGGGACCUGGAAAGUACAACUUGACAGUAUCUGGAACAGGAGGGCUUACUUUUCGUAAUGAAACAGCUUUGGAAUAUGAACAUAAAAGCUAUUCCGUGUUUAUCCAAACUGAUAAAGCCAUCUACAAACCCAAUGAGCUAGUCCAGUACAGAGUGAUAGUUGUCAAUCCUUUCCUGAUUCCUAGUGUGACGGGUGCUAUAGAUAUUCAUAUCACGGAUGGCAAAGGAAAUCUAAUCAAACAAUGGCAGAGAGUCUUUACAUCAAAAGGUAUUGUGUCUUUGGACUUCCAAUUAGCGGAUCAACCUGUUCUGGGAGAUUGGCAUAUUGUUGUGAAUGUCUUGGGCCAGAGCUUUAACAAAUCUUUUACAGUUGCUGAGUAUGUUCUUCCUACUUUUGAAGUGAAGGUUGAUCUUCCUCCAUAUGCCACUUACAACAAGUCUUCUAUUGUUGCCACUAUUAGAGCCAUAUAUACGUAUGGUAAACCUGUGAAAGGAGACCUUACUCUUACAGUUGCUCCACGCACCAGAUACAACAGUUUGUCUGUUAGGCCUUACGAAUCUAUUCAGAGAAAAGUCGAGAUUGAUGGAACUGUAGACAUUCCUUUGACUUUACAAAGAGAUUUAAAGUUGCGGAAAGACUUGUUUAGAAGAGAGAUAGAAUUCUUUGCUCUUGUGGAAGAUGGGCUAACCAGCAGGAAAUACAACACCACUAACACUUUAUGGAUUUAUGAUAAUGAAGUUAAAGUUCAAUUAAUCAAAACAUCUGAAACCUUUAAGCCUGGUCUGAAAUACACAUGUUUUCUAAAAGUUGCCUACCAAGAUGAUACUCCAGUGGAUGACAGAGAAAAUCAGCUGAAGCUGAGAUAUGGAUACUCUUAUAACGAAAGUGCCUGGAAAACGUCAUUGUACUGGGUACCCAAGAAUGGUCUAGUUAAACUUGAAUUUUAUCCUCCUAAUGAGGAUGAUAUCUAUGUUUUAGGGAUGCAGGCUGAAUUUCGAGGACAGAUUCACUACAUUGAUGGUGUUGAAGCAGCACGCUCUCCCAGUAGAAACUUCAUACAAGUUACUAUGCAAACACCUGUUCCAGUAGUUGCCCAGAAUGUUGAGUUUGAAGUGAAUGCAACAGAACCUUUCUCUCAGCUAGUUUAUCAGGUUAUGGGAAGAGGAGAUAUUGUGUUUGCUCAAACAGUAAAAGUUCCAGAAGUGACUGUGCACAAGUUUAGUUUCUUGCUCACUCAUCGUAUGGCUCCAAAGGCCCGAGUAGUAGUAUAUUACGUUCGUAAAGAAAACAAAGAAGUAGUAGCCGAUGCUGUCAACUUUGAAGUGGAUGGUGUUUUUAGAACAGGGGUUAUCCUCAGUACAGAUGUACAAACAACAAAGCCUGGUGGCAGGGUAGCAGUGCAAGUCCAAACUAAGCCUAAUGCAUAUGUUGGAGUGUUAGGUAUUGACCAAAGUAUUCUGUUAUUGAAAUCUGGAAAUGACAUAACACAACAAGAUGUUACAGAAGAACUUGGCACUUACGAUGCUGGCAAGGAAAACAUAUUUUGGCCUCCAUGGUACAAGCGACGGAGGAAGCGCUCCCUUUGGUGGCCAGGUUCUAUUUCUGCAUCACAGAUAUUUAGUGAUUCUGGGGUUGUGAUUCUUACCAAUGGCCUUGUGUACAAGUAUGAAGAAUUGACACAGCCUCGGGGUGUUAUUGUCAUCGAUGAAAACCCAUUAGAUUAUGCUCUACAGCCACCUUCUCAGCUGCCAGAGACAACUCCUAAAGGUCCACGGUAUAUUGUACUGCGAAAAGAGUUUCCCGAAACUUGGUUGUGGAUCAACUCAACUGCAGGCAAUGAUGGAAAAGCUGUAGUAUCAAGUGAAGUUCCUGACACCAUCACAUCUUGGAUUGUUAGUGCUUUUGCCAUGGAUUCUAUUACAGGGUUGGGCAUAUCGCCAAGCACAACUAAGGUGACUGUUUUCCGCCCAUUCUUCAUUAAGUUGAGCCUUCCCUAUGCUAUAUUGAGGGGAGAAUCUGUUGCUAUUCAGGCUGUAAUUUUUAAUUACAAUGAUAAUGCUAUAAAGGCUGAAGUAACAAUGGAGAAUCGGAAUGGUGACUUUGAGUUCACAGAUAUAGAAAAUGAAGUAGCUCCUGUACAAGGCUUACAGAACAGGAAAUCAAAAAUAAUUUCUAUUCCUAAACAAGAUGGAACCCCAGUGUCAUUUAUAAUAACUCCUCGUCGUCUUGGUUACAUUGAUAUCCGAAUGUCUGCAACUUCACAAUUUGCUGGAGAUUCUGUUCUGAAAAGGUUAUUGGUUAAGCCUGAAGGUUCAACACAGUACUUCAAUAAAGCAGUUCUAGUGGACUUAAGAAAUCCAGGUACUCCACCAAUCAAGAAAAACAUUUCUGUUCCUAUUCCUCGUAAUUCUGUACCUGGCUCUGAGAGAAUCACAGUUUCUGGGAUUGGGGACUUGAUGGGGCCACAUGUGAAUAACUUGGAAGAACUGUUACAUAUGCCUUUUGGUUGUGGAGAACAGAACAUGUUGAAAUUUGUUCCAAAUAUUGUUGUAAUAGAAUACUUGACUCGUGCUGGACGACUCACAUCAGCGGUGGAACGUAAAGCCAAGGAGUACAUGGAAAGUGGUUAUCAACGAGAACUAACUUACAAACAUGAUGAUGGUUCAUUUAGUGCAUUUGGUAACAAUGACAAAAGUGGAAGUACCUGGUUAACAGCUUUUGUGGUCAAGUCCUUCCACCAGGCUGUACCCUAUAUAGAUAUUGAUCCUGCUGUAAUUGAAAAGUCAUUAAAGUGGCUAUCACAACAGCAGCUUAGUGAUGGCUCUUUUAAUGAACCCGGGGAAGUCCACUACAAACGAAUGCAGGGUGGAGCUGGGACUGGAAUACCUCUGACAGCAUAUGUUCUCAUAGCAUUCUUAGAAAACCAGGCACAGCAAACUUACUCGGAUGUCAUAAAAUUGGCAGAACAUUAUCUCGUUCAGCAGCUGCCAACAUUAACAGAUCCUUAUUCCAUAGCCCUCGUCAGUUAUGCUCUUCAACUUUCUGAUAACACCAACAAGGAUGGAGCAUUCCAAAAGUUGCUAAAUCUUGCAAAGAAAGAAGGAGACAUCUUGUAUUGGAAAGGAUCAGAACCAUUAAUCAACAUAACCGACAAAAGAUCUGACCACUUCUUCCUGCCAGACUCCAAGGACAUCGAGAUGACAGCAUAUGCACUUCUCACUCACACUUUACGUGCUGAAAUUGGGAAUGCUAUUUCUAUCAUGAGGUGGCUGGUAUCCCAGCAGAAUGAAAAUGGUGGAUUCUCAUCUACCCAGGACACAGUUAUUGGGAUCCAAGCUCUUGGCGAACUUGCCACACGUAUUGUGACAGCAACUAUAUCUGUAGAUGUUACAUUAAAAUAUGGAGAUGAAGUUCCAAAAACCAUGAAAAUUUCUAGUGACAAUGCAGUUAUCCUACAGAGUGUUGAGCUGCCUAAAACAACUCGUUAUGUUGAACUAGAAGCCUCUGGUUAUGGUAUUGCACUUGUUCAGGUAUCUUGGGCCUUCAAUCUGGCUGUAUCAGCCGAAUAUCCUCCAUUUUUCUUAAAUCCUCUCUUAGACAAGACAUCAACUCGAAGUUACCUACAGCUGAGUGUAUGUACACGGAAUAACGAAGACGAACCCAGUAACAUGGCAGUAAUGGAUGUACAGUUGCCAUCUGGUUAUCUAGCAGAUGUUGAUGCUCUUCCUAGCAUCCUCAAAAUUCCUAAAACAAAGCGUGUAGAGACUGCUGAUGGACAGACUAAAGUUGUAAUCUACUUUGAUAUGCUUGAUAAAGAAGAAAUUUGCCUGACAGUUCCAGCUCACAGAAACCACAAAGUUGCAUACCAGAAACCAGUUCCAGUUAAGGUUUAUGACUAUUACAAUCGAGUAAAAACUGCCCGAAUGUUCUAUUAUUCUCAUAAAGCUACACUUUGUGACAUUUGUGAUGAAAAUGAAUGUGGUGAUGGAUGUAAUGACAUCAGUGAGCCUGACAGUCAAACAAGACCUAGCAGUGGUGGGGGAUUCUUGUCUCCACAAGCUAAUGCAUUCAUUGUCCUUGUGGGAACAGUGCUGUCAAAGAAUCUGUAUGUAUUUUAGACUUCAACAUUAGUUCGAAUGUCAACAUCGUGAUGUCUUUUCCUAGUAGCAAGAGGUUUUAUACAAAUUAUGGUUACAACAGAAUUUCAAAUGGUAUAUCUUUAUAUCUCUACACAUUCAUUCAAGUAAACUUGGUUAAGUUACAACAGCAUGUAUUAAACAUGUUUUUAAUUUACAAAGUUCAGGCACCUUUUUGAGCUUUAGGUGAGUUACUACUUUACUUGUAAGCUAUGAUUUUUUUUUUACCUCAAGAUUGUUUAUGUAAUACAUUAUUUCUGAUUAUCUUAUCAUAUUAAGAAACCCUCAGGAUUUUUACCACAUUAUCGACUAGGGGAAAUAUCCCAGAUGUGCUGGCACAAAGUGUCGAUGGUUAAGUAUGUUUGUGGUACUCUUAAAAGUAACUUUGUAAAAGCUUUUUUUUAUGUUCACAUAAUUAACCAAUGAAGAUGCAAAUGCUUAGUCAAAUAUUGAGUAUCCAGUCUUAUUUUGUUUUGCCUAAGAAGUAAAUAUAUAUUUAAAAUUAACAUGCUAAAGAAAGAUUUACCAUAAAUUACAAACUGUGAAAACACCAUAAAAUAGCAAAUAUUCUAUUUCAAAUUAAAAUAUUUAAUUGUGUAUGUGUUUCUGUUUUAAAUAACUUAUUCAAACUGUACCUGAUGUCAUGCAGGUUUUUUUCCAUUACCAAUAGAACCUAACUAAACAUCAAAUUUAACGAGUAUAGUUUUUAAAAAUAAGUCACACAUUAAAAUAAAUUCUGAAGCACUUGUACUUGUGUUAUAUACCUAAAAUCUCAACUUGUUCUUAAAAUAAGGACAUGUAAUGUAAGAAUUGAUGUAAUAAAUUGCAUAAUAUUUUACAUUUGUUCGUAGUGGAGUGGUAUAAGAAACAUUAUUCUAGAUACUGUUGUCACUUCUCCCUAAUUUGUAUUUAUUUUUUCAUUUAUGUUAGACUUUGUAA